GGAGCCGGGCGCGAGCGCCGCGAUGGCGGGCCAGUGCCGCUCGCCGUCGCCGCCCGAGCGGCCGCUGCAGGUGAAGGUGGUGGGGGUCUUCAAGAGCUCCAGCUUCCAGAUUGCGAAGAGCACCGCAGAGGAACUUAAGAAUGAAGUCUGGGAAUAUUCUUCCAAUGUCAUGUGUUUUAUUAAUGAUCUGCUGCUGGGUGAUGCACUUGAACUUCAGAAAUGGGCCCACAAGGUGUGGGAUAUGAUUGACUAUAAGCCUCCUGCACUUUAUGAGGCACUUACUAUGGAUUUUUCUACUAAAUUCUUAAGCGACACCAAGCAUAAUUUUGUGUUCUUGGAUAUUUCUAUUGGUCAUCAUCCAGUUGGAAGAUUGGUUUUUGAGCUAUACUGUGAGACAUGUCCCAAAACAUGCAAAAAUUUUCAGGUCUUGUGCACAGGAAAAGCAGGGUUUUCUCAAAGUGGCAUCAAGCUACAUUAUGUCGGUUCGAUUUUUCAUCGAAUAGUAAAGAAUGCUUGGGUACAAGGAGGAGAUAUAGUGGCUGGAAAAGGAGAUGGUGGAGAGUCAAUUUAUGGACCAACAUUUGAAGAUGAAAGCUUUUCAAUUCCUCAUAAUAAAAGGGGAGUUCUUGGAAUGGUCAACAAAGGCCGUCACAGCAAUGGUUCACAGUUCUACAUCACGCUACAAUCAGCUCCCUAUCUAGAUAAAAAAUAUGUGGCUUUUGGGCAAUUGGUUGAAGGAACAGAUGUUCUUCAACAACUAGAAUUGGUUCCAACAGAGAAUGAAAGACCAAUACAACAAUGUACAAUUAUCGACAGUGGAAAUGUUUAUGCUUGAUUUUCAAAUCAAUAUUUUCUGAGUUUAUUAUGUAUCUGAUCAGCUGUUUCUAGAUUUAAUUAAACCAUGCUUGAUAAAAUGUAAUUUGAAAACUGUCACAGACGCAGUAGCAGUUGGUUCACCCAAAACCCAAUAUUUCCCCUUUUCCCUUUCUUGCCUCUGCCGUCUAGACUAUAAAAGCACAAAACUCAAUUUCCCAGCCUCCUUUACUACCAGGAGUGGUCAUGGGAUGCCAUUUUGGCCAGGAGUAGAAUGCCAGUGGUCCUGACCCUUGCCUUUCAUAGUCUUGAAUGCAGAGGCUAGAACCAUAAAAGAAAGGCCAAGAAAACUGCAGAGAUGUCAGUCCCAACUCUUGAGCUGUGGAACCAAUGCCCAAAACUACCUAUCUCUGGACUUCUUACUAUAUGAGAAAAAUAGAGCCCUGUUUAUGUUGGUUGUGUAUUUUGUUACUUGUAGCCAAAGUCAUUCUUAAUUUAUAGCAGUACCUAAUGAAUGACCCUUGAAUCCUAAAAUAUUUUUUUGAAAUAGGUUUUUUAUUUAUUUGAGAGAGAGAAAGGGAGAAACAUGGACAAGAACCUUCAAUUGGCUGCCUCCUGCACACCCCCUACG